UUAUUUUUUGUUUAGCAGUUUAACAUUGAAUUUCGUGUGAUCAUCAUCACCAUGGACGAAUAACGUCUGCGCCGGGUCUGUCUCUCGCCUGCGUCUCUCCGGAAACACGCGCACCGCAAUAAUAAUUUUGUGAUAUCGUUUUUUCGUUUAUAAUAAUAUAAAAACAAACAGUAACGGUUUAACCGAUCAGACCCUUCGGUAUCACAAACGAGACGGCAAUAAUAUUGUUCGCGACUUGCCGUGUAGUGUAGUGUGUACCGCCAGACCCAGCGACGACCAGAAAAAUGCCUUACUUCCAGGUCAACAGAAAACUCCUGUUGAUGAAAAUUCACUAUUUUUUAGGAAUCGGAGGUUAUGCACCGUUUUCUCCAUUUUUGACGACGAUAUCAAAACAACGUGGUUAUUCUGCAUUCAUUGUUGGUUUAAUAUUCAUGCUACAACCCAUUCCUGGCAUGCUGAUAAGACCAAUCGUUGGUGCCGUUACAGAUAAAUACAAGUGUCGCCGGUCGGUGUUUAUUGCGAGUUCAAUAAUCACGUUUUUAUUGGUAUGUUUAUUAUCGAUAAUUCCUGGUACGACGGCAAAAGAGGAAAUGAACGAUUUGGACGCGAUCAAGUCACCACUGUUUUGGAUGUUUUUUAUUACAAUUGCCUUGAUCAACACGGACGGAACAGUGAAAAGUGUUUUAGAGGAUACGAUUUGUAUGGAUUUAUUAGGUAAAAAAAAAAUACUGUUCUUUUAUUAAAUUAUCGAUACGAAAAUGUGUGGAACAAUUUACUUAAUUUACUUUUGGGAGGUAACAGCAGAUGUACAAUGUACAUGGAACCAUAAUAUAAUAUUUAUUUUUAUCCUGAUCUCACAGAGUCACUAUAAUAUAAUAUUGUAAACGUUUAAUAUUAAUAUGUUCUGAAAAACUAAAAUUGUUGUGUAGGUGGUUAAGUUGGUUUACCUAUUAGUAGUAGAGUACUACUGUUGCUUUCAUUAUAUUACAAAAUCAAAAAAAGGUGGGUAAGUGGAUGUCGCUCUGCUGUACAGUAGGUUACAAGUGGGUCACUGUAUAAUGGAUAGUAUUAAAU